CCUCCGGGCUGUUCAGCCCCUUCCGAAGAUGGAGGCCGCCAGGAGGCUCAUCCCUUUGGCCCUUCUAAUUGCAUCAGGUUUGGCUGAGUUUACGGUGACCAAGUCUGAAGGCCAGUCCAGCUGCAGGGCCAACCUGGGAGGUGCCAGCCAGUCUGAGGCCCACAAAGCCCUCAUCCUGCAGCUCAACCCCAACGAGAACUGCACCUGGACACUAGCAAGGCCAGAAAACAAAAGCAUCCGAGUCGUCUUCUCCCACUUCCAGCUCGAUCCAGAUGGAAGCUGUGAAAGUGAAAACAUUCAAGUUUUUGAUGGGAACUCCACCCUGGGGUCUCCGCUGGGGAAAGUCUGCAGCAAAAACGAUUAUGUUCCUGUGUUCGAAUCAGCAUCCAACACACUGACGUUUCAAAUAGUCACCGACUCCGCGAGGAUUCAGAGGACCGUCUUCAUGUUCUACUACUUCUUCUCUCCCGGCACCUCUAUUCCAAACUGUGGUGGGUACUUGGACAACCUCGAAGGUUCCUUUACCAGCCCCAACUACCCAAAUUCACAUCCUGAGAUGGCCUAUUGCGUGUGGCACAUACAAGUGGAGGAAGGUUACAAGAUAGAAUUAAACUUCAAAGAGAUUUUCCUAGAAGUGGACGAGCACUGCCGAUUUGACUUCGUUGCCGUCUAUGACGGCCCCUCCACCACCUCUGGCCUGAUUGGACAAGUGUGUGGCCGUGUGAGGCCCACCUUCGAGUCCUCGUCCAACUCAUUGACCGUCGUGCUGUCUACAGAUUAUGCCAACUCCUACCGGGGCUUUUCUGCUUCCUACUCUUCAAUUUAUGCAGAAAAUGUCAACACAACUUCUUUAAUUUGCUCCUCUGACAAGAUGAGAGCUAUCAUAAGUAAAUCCUACCUGGAAUCUUUCAAAUACAAAGAGAAUAACUUACAGCUAAAUGACCCAACUUGCAGACCCAAAGUAUCAAAUGUGGUGGAAUUUUCUAUCCCUCUUGAUGGAUGUGGUACAGUUAAAAAGGUAGAAGAUCAUUCGAUUACUUACACCAAUACAAUCACCCUGUCGGCAGCCCCAGCUUCUGGAGUGAUCACCCGCCAGAAGCACCUGCAGAUCAUUGUGAAGUGUGAGAUGGAGCACACUGCCGUGGUGGAGACGAUGUACGUGACAGAAGACGACAUCAUACAGAGCCAGAGCGCCCUGGGCACGUACAACACAAGCAUGGCUCUUUUCGAGUCCAGUUCAUUUGAGAAGCCGAUAUCGGAGUCGCCGUAUUAUGUGGACUUGAACCAGAACCUUUUCGUUCAAGUCAGUCUGCACACGUCAGACCUGAGUUUGGUGGUGUUUCUGGACACCUGCCGCGCCUCGCCCACGCCCGACUUCGCCUCUACCACCUAUGACCUGAUCAAGAGUGGAUGUCCUCGAGACGACACUUGUGAGGUGUACCCCUUAUCUGCGCACCACGGGCGAUUCCGGUUCAACGUGUUUAAGUUCCUGAGGAGCCUGGGCUCCGUGUACCUGCAGUGCAGGGCGUUCAUCUGUGACGCUGGCGACCCUCGGUCCCGCUGCAGCCAAGGCUGCGUCUCCAGAAGGAAGCGGGACGUUUCUUCCUACAAAUGGAAGGCGGACGCCGUCCUCGGGCCCGUUCGCCUGCGACGGGACCCACGUGCAGGUGGGGAUUCCGGAUUUCAGAACCAAAUGCCCGGAGAAGUCCCCCGGAACCAGCCUUUCAGCAGUUUACAUCUGUUUUCAUUCACCGUCCUUUCUCUGAAUGCUGUGGUCGUGGCCAUAGCUGUCGUGAGGCACUUUGUGAACCAGAGAACAGAGCUCAAAUACCAGCAGCUGCAGGUCUAUUAGCUAAAGGGUUCAGCCAUAUGCGAGACACAGUUCUCCCAAGUGCAGCAGGAGAGGCUCCCCGAGGGCUUCGUGCAGCACGGAUAAGUGGGGGAAAGCCUCAUCAGAGUGACAGGUGGGCCCUCCUUCCCGUUCUGGCACUCAGAGUGGGUCUCCUUGCAGGACCACCAAAAUGAGCAAGCGUGCUCUCUUAGCUCUCAUAUGAAAAACGAAAGCCACCCAACUAUGUAGCAAGUUGUAAAAAUAUUCUAUGAUUAUGAAAAAGGAUGUUAACUAUGCAUUAGGUGAUCAGAAAAUGGUGGUUGUCACUUAAGAAAAGCAGUCUUCAGUAUUAGAUGCAAUUGUUUCCUAGACGCACAUAUGGUCCCUUCGGAAGCCCGCACAAACUUCUGAAACUGCAGUGUGACAGAGACAACCGCCACCUUUCACUGAGUGCACGGUCUCAGCGCGUCACGCCCGGACAUCUCAGAAGAGGGCUCUGGCAGGAAGAACCCGACUGUGAAAGGAGAGGCCUCUGUAUA